GUCACAGAUGGCCCAGGUAACAACAGCCACGCCUUAAACUUUACUUCACUGAAAGUAACACGUGUCUUGAACCCGAUAUCACCUGUGCAGAGGCUCAUAACAAUGCGGAAGGACAGGUAGUACAGUUAUACACAAGAUUAGGGUAAGAGAGGUGCUCUUUGUGGCAGAGGUGUAGCCUAAUCACACCGCCGGGAGGAUGGAACCCUUAGUCCGUGCCUCCGCGCCGAAACUGGGCUAAACUUUGAGAGAAUGUUGACUCUGGUUGAUGUCAGUGUCUGCUGAGCCUGCAGGAAACUUUGAUUCGACUUACAACAUGUUUUUCAGUGCGUCUGAGAAUAUUGAGAUGGAGAACCAAGACAAGGAGCCUCUUCUCCCACGUACGCCUGUUCAGAGGACAUUUGACUAUGUGCUGGUAUCUCCCAAACACGAAGAAGACGACGACGACCUGAAGAUCCAAAGAGCCCAAGCCUUCAUCCGUCAGUUGGAGAAGAAAAACUUUACUGUGAUUAGGAUUCAACAUGAAGAGAAGAUAUUCUAUGGCCUGCGGGCACCAAACGAUAUAUUUGAAGACUACACGUACCUGCUCAAAGUAUCGGACUCCUGUAACUGGAGCGGGGUUCUCAAAGGAGAAGUAACGCAGGCCACAAGAAUACGGAUUGUACAUUUUAUCCUCCACAACACCUUCACCAUAUCUGGAGAGAACCUGAAAGAACUCCUAGAGAAAGAUGUGUUUGAGACAACAUUCUGCCUUCACGAGAGAAAGGAGCAGAAGAAACUGAGGCAGAAGUGGGCUCGAUGGACCGGACUGUUCAAACCGCAGCCACUGUCUAGUGUCAAGCAAUACUUUGGGGAGAAGGUGGCUCUCUACUAUCUAUGGUUGAGCUGGUACACAAUGCUGCUAGUGCCAGCAGCUGCACUGGGAGUGGUAGUUUUCCUGUACGGUCUAGCGUUUUUUCGGACCAACCCACUAAUUAAUGAAGUAUGUGAGUCCAGUAUCAUCAUGUGUCCGCGUUGUGACAAACCGUGUAAAGUGUGGCAGCUCUCAGACACAUGCACGUAUGCCAAGGUCAGUCUUCUAUUUGACAAUGAGGGCACUGUGGCAUUUGCUAUGUUCAUGGCCAUCUGGGCCACCUUGUUCUUAGAGUUAUGGAAAAGACACAGAGCAAGGCAUGUUUCAAAAUGGAAGGUGUAUGACUGGUGUGAGGAGGAGGAAGAACUAAUAUUGGAAAUCGUCAACGAUCCAUCCUGCAGUCCCAAGCAAUUCCGACACUCAUACUUCCGCAGCACACUUGUCCUCAUUCUGGUGACCCUGAUGCUUAUGAUCAUCAUAGGCCUGGCUCAUGCUCUGGUGGUCUUCAGAGUGGUGGCUGCCGCUCUCUUGUCAAACGCCGACUGGGAGUUCAUCAGGGACCAGCCCCACUCUGUGGCUGUGAUGCUGGGAGCCGUGCUGCACUAUCUAACCAUUCAGAUUAUGACAAGGGUAAACAGAUGGGUGGCCCUCAAGCUUUGUCACAUAGAGAAGACCAACUCCUUUGCAUCAACAGAGAGAAGCUUCACAGUUAAAAUGUUUACUUUCCAGUUCUUCACUCUCUUCUCCUCUCUGUUUUAUGUGGCCUUCUUCCUGGGCAGGAUAAAUGGACAUCCAGGAAACUAUACAAGAAUUGCAACCUGGCGACUGGAAGAGUGCCAUCCCAGCGGCUGCCUGACGGACCUGUUCAUCCAAAUGGCUGUCAUCUUGCUGCUUAAACAGACCCUCAACAACAUCUUUGAAUUCACUAUCCCAUGGGUGAAAAGCUUGUUCAGUAAAAACGCUUCGAAGAGUCUGAGGAGGAAAUGUGGUCACUGCUACAGAAAGGCCUGUCGCGAUGAGCAGGGCCGCGUGGAGCCGUGUGACAUCUGCAAGCUGAGGGACUGGCUCAGGAACUACCACCUGACCAACACAGAUGCUUUCAGCCUCUUCAAUGAGUUCCUGGAGAUGGUGGUUCAGUUUAGUUUCACCACUAUAUUUGUGGCAGCGUUCCCUCUGGCUCCACUGCUGGCUCUCCUCAAUAACAUCUUUGAGAUCCGUCUCGAUGCAAUUAAGAUGGUGCGACUGGAGCGCCGUCUCGUGCCCAGGAAAACAAAUGACAUUGGUGUUUGGACCCAGGUGUUGGAGGCCAUCGGGGUGCUCGCGGUCAUAGCCAAUGGUCUGGUCAUUGGGAUCACGUCUGACUUUAUCCCACGUCUCGUCUAUCGUUACCGCUAUGGGCCUUGUGCCGCUGGAAAUGCAACCACAAAUUGUAUGUCCGGCUACAUUAAUGACACACUGACCACGGUCUAUCAGUCCCAUACGGCUGCGUGGGGUGACUUCACCGAGGCACAGAUGAAGACAGAGACAGGCAUGAAUGUCACCCAGUGCAGUUAUAGAGAUUAUCGUGAUGAGAACUACACUUUGACCUCUCAAUUCUGGUUGGUCCUGGCUGUGAGAUUUGCAUUUGUCAUUCUUUUUGAGCACGUGGUCGUAGUGUGUAAAUUUAUAGCCGCCUGGUUUGUUCCCAAUAAUCCCAUACAAGUGAAGAAUGAAAGGCUCCGUGACAAACUAGCACGGCUUAAAGAAGAGCUACGUGAAAUAAGAAGUUGCAAGUCCACAGAGGUCUAACUUCCCUUGUGUUUUCACACAUUGAGCCUUAAGUAUGUCUCUUCAGAAUGGAUGCUUAAGUAUUCACACUAUUGGUUAACAUUACAUUUUAUAAGGUCAGUUACUGUAAGGUACUGUCAUAUGAAAGUGCCUUUAGAAGUCAUUGACUUGAAAGAAACUUUUACUCUGUAUGUUUUGUGAUAUGACCUAUUUAUUAAUUCUUUAGAAAAUGUGUUUGUACUUUGUAAAUAUAAAAAAUAAAUUCACUGUAAACUGGAAAUGUCAUACAGGCUUUUGUGUUUACACUUGUAUUUGAAUAUUUUUAAUUGCUUAGAAAUCUAGUUAACUCAUAAAUAUUGUCCGUGUUCAGGGUCCUCACCUCCUAAAAUGUGAGGCUAAAAUUUACAUCAAACUGUAAACUAAAUUGUACUUGAAUAAUAUUGUACAAAGUUCAAUCUGCCAUUUCAUUUACUAUUAAAACAUAUUUCUGUAAUGUUUUUAUUGUUAUUUUAUUAACAGUUCUUAAAAAUGUAAAGUUAUAUGACCAGCAGAGGGUGCCAACAACAUCUGAAACAUAAAACUACUCCAGUGCAUAACUUUAUUAUUGAGUUACACUUUAUACUGAGUUUAGGCCUGUCAUGAUAAAUACUAAUUCAAUCUAUCAUUCAAUAAAUUAUAGAUGGAAAGAUAUUUAUCACGUGUACCUUUUUCUUUCUACUUGUGGAAAAAUUGGGGUUAUUUUUUUGUAAUAUGAUUUGAACUGUAAAAGUUUGAUUUAUGAACUUCUAUGACUCAUUAUAGAUCCAAACUGCUUACUU